AUGUAUCACUACCAUCCACCUGCUGGUCGGAAGCCCACCGUCUUUGGUCCGUAUCUGCUGUUACACACUCUCGGUGAGGGUGAGUUUGGCAAAGUCAAAUUAGGCAUUCAAAUAGAAUCCGGGCGAGAGGUCGCCAUCAAACUGAUUAAAAAAGACCACAUUGACUCGUCGUCUAGAAUGACCAAAGUCGAACGCGAAAUAUCUGUUCUAAGAACGGUUUGCCACCCCUACAUCGUCAAACUCUAUGACGUGAUCGAGACAGAGAAAUACAUUGGGAUUAUCUUGCAAUGCGCUUCAGGCGGCGAGCUGUUUGAGUACAUCCUUGCCCAUCGAUACCUGAAGGAACGCGAUGCGUGUCGACUAUUUGCACAGCUGAUCAGUGGUGUGCAUUACAUGCAUCAAAAGCACAUUGUCCAUCGAGACUUAAAAUUGGAAAACCUACUGCUCGACCGAGAUCGUAACAUUAUCAUCACUGACUUUGGAUUUGCAAACCAAUUCACUUCUGCCAAAAACGACUUGAUGGCCACAUCAUGUGGCUCGCCCUGCUAUGCAGCUCCCGAACUCGUCGUCAGCGAGGGAAUGUACGUAGGCUCCGCCGUCGAUAUCUGGUCCUGCGGUGUGAUUCUGUACGCCAUGCUGUGUGGCUACCUGCCCUUCGACGACGAUCCCGCCAACCCGGAGGGCGACAAUAUCAACCUGCUGUACAAGUAUAUUCUGAACACACAGCUUGCAUUUCCCGACUAUGUCAGCGACGACGCAAGGGAUCUGCUGCAAAAGAUGCUCGUGCCGGAUCCCGCCAAGCGAUGUACUAUGCAGAUCAUUAUGGAACACAAUUGGUUA